AUGCAUGAGAAAAAUGCGACGAACGCUCAGAUGUUUGAGGCAUUGAUUCAAAGAUAUUCACAAGCGCCACACAACCCUGCACCCCCAACACCUUGGGAAGACGUUUUCGAACAACAAGAAUUCCUGAUGCAAGAAGACCCACUGGUGGAAGCAAACCCACCAGCUAAUGCAUCUAGAACAGAAAAGUCAAAACCAAUCUCGAAACGAUUUAGCAGGCGAAACCCACCUGUGUUUGAAGGGACUUCAGACCCCCUGAUGACAGAAGAAUGGGUCAGCGUGCUGGAGAGAAUCUUUGACUUUGUGGUGGCUACUAAAAGGGAAAAAGUAAUAUGUGCGGUGUAUAUGUUAAGGAUGGACACCAGCAUCUGGUGGGAUAUUGCUAGGAAAGGAGGUGACGUGGAACGAAUGGAAUGGCCUGAAUUUAUGGUCUUGUUCAAUGCUAAGUACUACAACCAGACGGUGAUAGAUCGGAAGGUGAUUGAGUUUGCUAACCUAGUCCAAGGGUCAUCUAGCGUACAGGAGUACGUGUGCAAGUUUUACCAACUCUCAAAAUUUGCUCCAGAUUCGGUACUCACUAAAGCCAACUGGGUACGCAAAUUCAUGAAGGGGUUAGAGUUGUACCAGUUUGGGUAG